AAAGAUAAGGAAGGUAUGGAAAGAGAUCCAGGCGAUGUUAAGAAAGAACUUACUGUUAUCGAGAAAACUAGCAUCAGUAAUCAGGCUAUUGAAUGUGACAAUGGAAGCAGUUCUUCUAGUAAGAUUGAAAUACAAAAACCUAUUAAUCAAUCUGAACAAAACACUGAAAUUAGGAUCCUGAGAAACGAAAAUUCGAUUAUCAGAGUCAACAAAGAGAAUGGUGGAAUUGAAGGAGUUGAUAAACGUAAGAGAAUUAAAAGCAAUUGCAUUCUUGAUCAAAAUAAAUGGCAAAAGAUGAAAGAAUUAAACAAUAAGAAGAUGAAACAAAAUGAAAGCAUAUGCGAACCUACUUUGAAGAUUGAUCUCAAAAGUGCUACAGAAAAUGAAAAGGCAAUGAUUAAAGAAACUAAUUCUAAUAACACUAAGAUAGCUAUCUCAGCAUUGGUUCGCAGAAGUGUUACAAAUAUCUAUCAGAAGACCAGUAAUACUGAGAGCCAGAAAGAAUCUGAUAGUUCAUCUGAAGAAACUAUUAAACAUAAUAAAUCCAUUACGAUAAGAUCAUGUCGUAUAGCUAAUAUCCGCAAAAGUUGGAAAAAUCAGGGUUUUUUGGAAAAGACUAUGGAAUUAUUGGAACAAUCUUAA